AUGGCCGCGGAGACAAACUCGUCCUUCACCAGAAGUGCCGAUCCCUCCGUCUUCGAGAAGAAAGAGCCCAUUGAGGCCACCCUGAACUCGUCGAGGCCUGCCUCGGUCGAGGAACAACAAGAUCACAUCGCCCACGACGAGCCCAAAGAGGCCAAAGAAAACCUGCAGAGAAUCGACACGGCCGCCCAGGAGGAGGCCGACCAUGAAUACCCGAAAGCGUUCAAGCUCGCUAUGAUCACCGUUGCCCUAUGUCUCUCCGUCUUCUGCAUGGCGUUGGACAACACCAUCAUCGCCACCGCGAUCCCUAGAAUCACCGAUCAGUUCAAGGCUCUCAACGACGUUGGGUGGUAUGGCAGCGCCUACCUCCUCACCACCUGUGCAUUCCAGCUUAUAUUCGGGAAACUUUACACCUUCUACUCCAUCAAGUGGGUGUAUCUUGCAGCUCUCUUCGUCUUCGAGCUUGGGUCGUUGAUUUGUGGUGUCGCCCCGAACUCUACUGCUCUCAUCGUUGGUCGGGCGGUUGCUGGACUCGGAGGCGCUGGUAUUUUCUCCGGUGCAAUCCUUAUCGUUGCCAACACUGUCCCAUUGAUCAGGAGGCCGACCUACAUGGGUCUCAUCGGAGGCAUGUACGGCAUCGCCUCAGUCGCUGGCCCGCUCAUGGGCGGAGCCUUCACUGAUCAUCUCUCCUGGCGCUGGUGCUUCUACAUCAAUCUUCCCUUUGGCGCUGUCACCGGUUUCUUCAUCAUCUUCUUCUUCCAAGCUCCCCGGAAAGGCAAGAAGAGUGAGUUGACCUUCGCCGAGCAGAUCAAGAAGUUUGAUCUUCCAGGAACCGCUCUCUUCCUCCCAGGCAUCAUCUGUCUGCUUCUUGCUCUCCAGUGGGGCGGAUCCAAGUACGCGUGGGGCAAUGGCCGCAUCAUUGCUCUCUUCGUCAUCUUCGCUAUCUUGAUGGCCGGCUUCGUCUCUAUUCAGAUUUGGAAACAAGAGGAGGCUACCGUUCCCCCACGAGUCUUCAAGAACCGCAACGUCUGGGGCUCGGCCAUUUUCGGAGCGUCCCUCGGCGCCUCUUUCUUCAUCCUGGUCUACUAUCUCCCCAUCUGGUUCCAGGCUAUCAAGGGAGUCUCCGCCACCAAAUCCGGCAUCAUGAACUUGCCUACUAUUCUCGGCCUGGUGAUUAUGUCCAUGAUAUCCGGUGGACUCGUUACCGUUAUUGGUUACUACACACCCUUUAUGCUGGCCUCAACCGUUCUCAUGACCAUUGGUGCCGGCCUCCUGACCACCUUCGAGACCAAUACCGGUCAUGCCAAAUGGAUUGGCUUCCAAUUCCUUUUUGGAGCGGGUGUCGGAUUAGGCAUGCAGCAAACCCUUAUUGUAGUUCAAACGGUUCUCCCAGCCAAGGACAUUCCAAUAGGAACAGCCGUCAUGAUGUUCUCCCAGACCCUAGGUGGUGCUCUAUUCAUCAGCGUAGGACAGAAUGUCUUCACCAACCAACUUAUCAAGAACCUCGAAUCCGCCGUCACCGGUUUCGACAUUUCCAUCGUUCUCAGGGCUGGCGCCACAGAGCUCAAGAACGCAGUCCCUGCCCAAUUUCUCCCAGGCGUACUAAGCGCGUACAACGACACGUUAACGCAGACCUUCUACGUGUCUCUCGCGAUGGCUUGUGUGUCGAUCAUAGGCGUAGCGCCCAUCCAGUGGAAAUCCAUGAAGGGCAAGAAGAUCGAGAUGGCCAUGGCAUAG